AUUGUAUAUAACAAGACAAAAAUAUGGAUUAAUGACAAUAAUAUAAUACUAUGAAAUAUAACAAUAAAUAUUGUAAAAUAUUAUAAAGAAAAGAGAAAUAUUUUCUUUUAGUAGAAUGAGUUUCAACAAAGUAAAAGAAAUGAUUGAAGAAGGAGAUGUAGUAAUUUUAUAUUUAGGACCUAGUAAUAUGCAUUCAUUAGAAAUAACACAAAAAAUUCUCAGUAAAAAAGGUCAAAUGGUUGAUAAUGUUUUUCAAACAAUAUAUGGGGCUCUCAAAGUUUUUUCCCUCGUUGGACAGAAGUAUGGUACUAAGGUUCAACUUUCACGUGGAUGGGGAUAUGUAUUACAACCAACACCAGAACUUUGGACAUUAACAGUCCCUCAUAGAACUCAAAUUAUCUAUAGCCCUGACAUAAGUCUUAUUAUAUAUUUAAUGGAUUUGGCACCAGGAAGCAUAAUUAUUGAGACAGGCACUGGAAGUGGCUCUCUUUCACAUGCACUUAUUAGAGCAAUUCGUCCUCAUGGCCAUCUCUAUACAUUUGAUUUUCAUGAACAACGUGUAAAUGUUGCAAAAAUAGAAUUUGAAAAACAUGGUCUAAGUAAAUUUGUAACUUUAAAUCACAAAGAUGUAUGUAUGGAAGGAUUUGGAGAACAAUUAAGAAACAAAGCAGAUGCAAUUUUUUUGGAUCUUCCACAUCCAUGGUUGGCAAUUGAGCGUGCAUUAUGUGCUUUAAAAGAAUCAGGUGGGAAACUUUGCUCUUUUUCUCCUUGUAUUGAACAAGUUCAACGAACUUGUGAAAAAUUGACAUCAAUUGGAUUCAUUGAAUUGAAAACAUAUGAAUGUUUACAAAGAGAAAUGAAUGUACAAUACAAGAACCUCCCUAUAUUGGAUUUAGAGUGUUUAAAACAUGAGCAUGUAAACAAAGAUAUGGCACAAAAAAAUGAAAAUGAAAAGCAAGAACAAACAAAACUUCUUACAGUCACGCAUGCUCAUUCUUUACCUGGUCAUACAGGAUUUAUUACAAUUGCUACGCUACCUCCAGUUUAUGCGCGAAAAACAGAUCUAAAUUUAGAGUCCAAAGACUGA